AUGGGAACAUUGCCUUUAAAAGCCGCAAAGCCUAUAACUGGCGAUCAGAUGGAAUCCCGGCCUUCCACUCUCCCCUCACCGAACGCCCCCUCAGUCCCCCUCUCCUCUGCAGUCCACUCCCCCCUCACCGAACCCCCCCUCACUCCCCCUCUCCCCUGCAGUCCACUAUCCCCUCACCGAACCCCCCCUCAGUCCCCCUCUCCCCUGCAGUCCACUCCCCCCUCACCGAACCCCCCCUCAGUCCUCCUCUCCCCUGCAGUCCACUCCCGCCUCACCGAACCCCCCCCCAGUCCCGCUCUCCCCUGCAGUCCACUCCCCCCUCACCGAACCCCCCCUCAGUCCCCCUCUCCCCUGCAGUCCACUCCCCCCUCACCGCCUCACCGAACCCACCCUCAGUCCCCCUCUCCCCUGCAGUCCACUCCCCCCUCACCGAACCCCCCCUCAGUCCCAAUCUCCCCUGCAGUCCACUCCACUCCCCCCUCACCGAACCCCCCCUCAGUCCCCCUCUCCCCUGCAGUCCACUCUCCCCUCACCGAACCCCCCCUCAGUCCCCCUCUCCCCUGCAGUCCACUCCCCCCUCACCGAACCCCCCCCCAGUCCCCCUCUCCCCUGCAGUCCACUCUCCCCUCACAGAACCCACCUUCAGUCCCCCUCUCCCCUGCAGUCCACUCCCCCCUCACCGAACCCCCCCUCAGUCCCCCUCUCCCCUGCAGUCCACUCUCCCCUCACCGAACCCACCUUCAGUCCCCCUCUCCCCUGCAGUCCACUCUCCCCUCACAGAACCCACCUUCAGUCCCCCUCUCCCCUGCAGUCCACUCCCCCCUCACCGAACCCCCCCUCAGUCCCCCUCUCCCCUGCAGUCCACUCCCGCCUCACCGAACCCCCCCUCAGUCCCCCUCUCCCCUGCAGUCCACUCCCCCCUCACCGAACCCCCCCUCAGUCCCCCUCUCCCCUGCAGUCCACUCCCCCCUCACCGCCUCACCGAACCCACCCUCAGUCCCCCUCUCCCCUGCAGUCCACUCCCCCCUCACCGAACCCCCCCUCAGUCCCAAUCUCCCCUGCAGUCCACUCCACUCCCCCCUCACCGAACCCCCCCUCAGUCCCCCUCUCCCCUGCAGUCCACUCUCCCCUCACCGAACCCCCCCUCAGUCCCCCUCUCCCCUGCAGUCCACUCCCCCCUCACCGAACCCCCCCCCAGUCCCCCUCUCCCCUGCAGUCCACUCUCCCCUCACAGAACCCACCUUCAGUCCCCCUCUCCCCUGCAGUCCACUCCCCCCUCACCGAACCCCCCCUCAGUCCCCCUCUCCCCUGCAGUCCACUCUCCCCUCACCGAACCCACCUUCAGUCCCCCUCUCCCCUGCAGUCCACUCCCCCCUCACCGAACCCCCCCUCAGUCCCCCUCUCCCCUGCAGUCCACUCUCCCCUCACCGAACCCACCUUCAGUCCCCCUCUCCCCUGAAGUCCACUCCCCCCUCACCGAACCCCCCCUCAGUCCCCCUCUCCCCUGCAGUCCACUCUCCCCUCACCGAACCCCCCCUCAGUCCCCCUCUCCCCUGCAGUCCACUCUCCCCUCACCGAACCCACCCUCAGUCCCCCUCUCCCCUGCAGUCCACUCUCCCCUCACCGAACCCCCCCUCAGUCCCCCUCUCCCCUGCAGUCCACUCUCCCCUCACCGAACCCACCUUCAGUCCCCCUCUCCCCUGCAGUCCACUCUCCCCUCACCGAACACCCCCUCAGUCCCCCUCUCCCCUGCAGUCCACUCUCCCCUCACCGAACCCACCUUCAGUCCCCCUCUCCCCUGCAGUCCACUCUCCCCUCACCGAACCCCCCCUCAGUCCCAAUCUCCCCUGCAGUCCACUCCCCCCUCACCGAACCCCCCCUCAGUCCCCCUCUCCCCUGCAGUCCACUCUCCCCUCACCGAACCCACCCUCAGUCCCCCUCUCCCCUGCAGUCCACUCUCCCCUCACCGAACCCCCCCUCAGUCCCCCUCUCCCCUGCAGUCCACUCUCCCCUCACCGAACCCACCUUCAGUCCCCCUCUCCCCUGCAGUCCACUCUCCCCUCACCGAACACCCCCUCAGUCCCCCUCUCCCCUGCAGUCCACUCUCCCCUCACCGAACCCACCUUCAGUCCCCCUCUCCCCUGCAGUCCACUCUCCCCUCACCGAACCCCCCCCCCAGUCCCGCUCUCCCCUGCAGUCCACUCUCCCCUCACCGAACCCCCCCUCAGUCCCCCUCUCCCCUGCAGUCCACUCUCCCCUCACCGAACCCACCUUCAGUCCCCCUCUCCCCUGCAGUCCACUCUCCCCUCACCGAACCCCCCCUCAGUCCCCCUCUCCCCUGCAGUCCACUCUCCCCUCACCGAACCCCCCCUCAGUCCCCCUCUCCCCUGCAGUCCACUCUCCCCUCACCGAACCCACCUUCAGUCCCCCUCUCCCCUGCAGUCCACUCUCCCCUCACCGAACCCCCCCCAGUCCCGCUCUCCCCUGCAGUCCACUCUCCCCUCACCGAACCCCCGAAUCGCUCACAACAAUGUCAAAUAA